UCUGAAAUGGUUCCGACCAUAAAAACAAGUCGACUGCACAACGCGUUGGAUUUUUGCAAACCUUUCAUCGUAGUAAUUGUUAAGAUUAGAAGCAAACAUACUCUCCGGUAAACGUGUUUGUUUGCUAGCGUCAAGCUUUUGCUUCAACGUGUAAGUUAUGUAAACAAUGCAAUGGAGACGAGCGAAGAAGUGCUUCAGGGUUCCCCGAUGAUUCACGGAAAAGAGCAAGCGCGAGCACGAAUUGACAGGAAUGGGGUAAGCUUUUGCAAAAUAUUACGAAUAAUCGUACAAACAUUCAUUCGCGUAAACUACGGGGUUAUCUACUUGCCAGCGAGCAUUGAUAGAUAGAUAGCGAGCUAGUAGUAACGUUAGCUGUGCAUGCGCCGUCGCCGAUGACCUAAAACGAGCUACAUUUCAAAACAUGCUCAUGCCUCUUGUUUUCCCAGGCAGUAGCUAUGUUCUGCAAAAUUAAUCCAGAUGACCAGAGUUCUUGGAUGUGUGUUUUCGUUUUGUUGCAGCCCUCAACGAGCAGAAACCAGACCACAGGAACUCCUCUCUCACCUAUGGACCCACUGAACACACUGUCCAACUUUGAGUCCGAGAUGGAGCCAGACGGACAGGGAAACUACUCUCUCUUCCCUGCCUUGGACAACAUGGCCAGUCUUGGAGGAGCUGCUGAGGCUCUAGAGACGUAAGCAAUGCCAAAUGAACAGUAUGCACACACACUUCCUCAAUCUUUUGUAUGUGGGAGGACAAAUAGGCAGCCCCUACACUGGAAAGAUAAUGCUGGGGCUUUCUGCUAGUACUGGUAUGAGGAUAAGUCUCUUACUUGAAUAUUUGUUUGCCUUGUCUUAAACUAUGUCUACCUAAAUAGGAAUGAGCCUAUUUAUUCUCUUUCCACAGUGAACCACCUAACGAUGUUGCAGACAAGCCCAAUCUCACAUGGCUUGAUGCUGCGCAGGUAGAGUAUUUUUUAACACAGCACUGUCUGUAGGCUACUGUAUGUACCAUGUUGACAUUUAAAAUCAGAUUGCUGUCAUGUCAGUGAAAUACAGCAGCAAUACAACAGUCUGCAUUUUCCCAGAUUGUACUGGAGGCAGCUGGACACCCAAUGCACAUCAAGGAGAUCAAACAGCAAAUCAUUGACAGGGGAUUGGUUCAGUCCAAGUACUGUACAACACUUUUAUCAAUUCAUAAGACAAACUAUUUAAAGCCAUCUAUAGAUAUACAAUGCAUUUUAAAGCAAGACAAUAUGUAUCAACUGCAUCCAUUUAAAAAAAGGUAUUUUUAACUUUCAAAAACAAUCCUGAUUGAUCAAUAGCAUGAUAUUCCCAGUAUUCAUUCCUCAACUGUCCAUAACCACAUUUAUAUCCUAUUUCUGGACAGUGCGAAGUCGAGCCUUGAGGCUGUCAUGUACCGUGAGGUAAGGCUAAUGAGUGAGACACUGCAAUGGCCGUGAUAGGCCCAAAGCUCACAGCAUCUCCAUUUUCUUUGCUGUGUUCCAAUGGACUCCACACCAUAGUCACAAUAAAUUAAGCCUUUCACUUUAUUUUUGUUAUUUGUGCUCAACGUUAUCAAAGUGGAUAUUUCAGUAUUAGAAAUUUUAAAUCUCUUCCUUUUGUUAUUGAACGACAGGCCAUUAGUUGAACGUAGGACAGGUUUGCACAUCAAAGGCCUGUGCCUUGAACCAGAGAAAAUGCAAUAGUGCUCACUCUGCUACAGUGUGCCAGGACUAGAACAUUCAACAUGAUGCUCUCUAAGUAUCAGUUAACACAGGCUAGAUCUUAGUCAUUCAAGGUUACAACAGUGAAACACACCCUUAAGACAUUUGUCAGUUCCCCAACACCUAGCCUUGGCCUCAGUAUCCCGCUAUGUUGCAGACACAGAAAGGCAGCAGGAGAUUCAAGAGGAUUGAGAACAAAAAUGGAGUCUUUGCACUGUUGGUAAGUUAUCAUUAUGCAAAGGAUGUCAGAAUAAAUCCCUUUAGUUCAAUUAUAUCACUGCUGAUCUGACAAAUAUAGACAUUUAGGAGAGUGCAGUUGAAGAUCAAUGUGUUUGGAUAAUUAACAUUAUUUAAUUUUUCUUUAUAUAGUCAUUGUAGCUAUGUUACUUUGCUAUGUCACACUUUUCAUUUUGAGUUGCAUCAGUUACUUUUCCAGAUAUACCUCAUCCACAUAACAUUGUCAUUGUAUGCACAAUCAUGAUGUGGAUCGUGGCCUACAUUGCCACCAGUAUUUGAAUGUGGUGUUAUGAUGCAAUGCCCACUGAGUUUGGCCUCUAUCCAUCCACAGACAGAUGAUGAGGGGCAGCAGGCUCUACAGUCCUUCACCACCCAGUCUUUCAUGGCGUCUCCCCCCCAGUCAACCUUCUCCAGCUCGGGUUCUGCAGCCUCUCUGCCUCCCUUCCCCUCCCCCACGGGUCUCUCUGAGACCAGGCCCAAGAACAAGAAAGGCCCACGCAAGAACCUGAACGAUAAGUACCGACUAAAGUACCUCAGACUACGCAAAGCAGCACGGGCCAUGAUAUUUGUGAGUAGAGUCUACAUACUAAAGACAAUCACUUGAAUCAGUAUUAUUCUAGUUAUUUCUGUAACACAAUGUAUUCAGAUGCUACAUGCUUCCCCAAUUACACUUAGAUGUAUGGAAGAGAAAUGUAGGGGAUGUGUAGUAGACUAUGGUAUUAUAAGCUGAGGGUUUAAGUCACUAACUGAAGUCACAUUGUAUAUAACCCACAGGAGAAUGCGGCUCUCUGUGAUGAAGUUGCCCACUUGGAGGAGAAGUUUGUGCGAGUAAAAGAGGAGCGCAGGUGAGGACACUUUUGGCAAUGCAUGCGACCCAAUAUCUUCCCUCUAACUGUGUUAUAUUGAUGCAAUUAAUUUUUCUCACUUUCGGCCACUGAUUGACAGGUACUUUGAAAACUGUCUAAUCAGACAUCUCUUGUGCUUUGUUUUCCAGGUUCUUACUGAAAUCGCUGUUGCAGUACCAGUCUGUGUCUGAGGGGGAGAUGCUCACCGCUGCCAGUACCAGCUCUCACCCCCCUGUGACCUUCAGCUCCGGCCCAACGGGGGCGUCAGCCCUGCCCGGGGGUCAUAACCUGGCCCCUGGGACCUCUGGGGCAGAGGAGGGCCUUCCUAAGAAACCCAAGAAGGAACGAAAGGAACGAGGCAGGGACAAUGGAAAGGAAGACGGUGGGUAGAACCAUGUUUAUACCAGCCUACCUGUAGAUUAGACAGAUUCUUAUGUCCUGUGAUGAUGGGCAGCACAAUGUUUUUGGUCUUCUAGUAUUCUCUUUGACUCCAUAAAAUACAAUUUCCUCAGGUCCAAAAAGAAUGUCGAAAAAGCGGAAGGUUGCUGACGGGGGGUCUCGUAAGCUGGUUCAGCCCAUCACUCUGGACUCCUCAGGACGUCCUGUCUUCCCCAUAGUACUUGGAGGUCUGACUGUGUACAGUCUAGGGGAGGUCUGUGUCCCAACUCAUACUUAUGCCUCACAUUUGCUCUGUAUAAACACUGUCCAAAUUAUCUUACAUUGUCUCCUCACUUGCAUGACCACUCUCAGUUGAAAGUACUGAACAGAUUUGCACCAUAUUGCCCUCCCUUAUCAUGUCGGUCAGAAUCAGGGUCCAUGAAAGGAGACCAGGAGAUGCUAUUUAAGACUGUUGGGACACAGCCCAUGACUGUUCUCAGAUCAGUGGCUAGAGAAUAAUGAAUGAUGUCCUUCCCUGUUCCAGAUCAUCACAGACAGGAUGCUGUUCCAUGACCAGUGUGCCAUCUACCCAGUGGGCUUCUGCAGCACACGCUUCUUCGCCAGCAUGAAGAGCCCAGAUCAGCAGUGCCUCUACACCUGCCAGAUUAAGGACGGGGGUGGUGGCCCACAGGUACACUCGCACUAAUGGAGUUAUAAAACAUUAUGAAGUCAAGUGCUAAGUAAGUCAAUUGGGUGCUGUGAGACAGCUUAUGAACAUGCUUGCGAGGAGUGUUUUCCUUAUCAAACCAUCUCUUUUCCCCCCAGUUUGAGAUAGUGCCUGAGGAAGACCCUCAGAAUGCCAUAGCUGCCUCCUCUGCCCUCACCUGCCAUUCCAACCUGCUGAAGGCCAUUGGUGCACUAAGGUACCUGCUUGCUGUACAGACUGGCUUAUAGAAUCAGUGGAUGCAUUUCAUUGUAUUACUUUUCUCGCAUUAUCUUACAUCUAUACCCCUACAGGUCUAAACCGGUGGCCCCCAUCGUGCCUUCAGGAGCAGACUUCUUUGGCUUCUCCCACCCCACCAUCCAGAACCUGAUCCAGAGCUGCCCAGGAGCACGCAAGUGCAGCAAGUGCGUCUCUAGGACUGAAGUAUAAUGUCAGCUACCUCACAGGAAAUGAGUUGAACAUUGCACAUUAUCUUUGUGGAGAUUGCAAUUGGUCCAUUUCCUGAAUUCAGAGGAACUGACCUUAAUAUGCUCUCUCAUAUCUGCUAAAGUACGUGUAGCUGAAUGACUUAUGUGUUGCUUAUUGGUGUGAUAUGUCCCUGUACAGUUAUCAGUGGAUCCGUUUCGAGGUGUGUCGUCCAGGCGAUGGCCAGGUUCCACACAGCCUGUCUGAGGACGAUGCCUCGGUCAACUUUGAGGCCUACCAGAGACACCAGGGCUUUGAUGACAGCAUCAGGGUGGAGCACAAUCUAGUAGGUGAGGCAGAGCAGUUUGCCACAGACUUUCUCUACCUACCUGUACCCCCUAGGCUCUUUCUCUACCUACCUGUACCGCCUAGGCUCUUUCUCUACCUACCUGUACCGCCUAGGCUCUUUCUCUACCUACCUGUACCCCCUAGGCUCUUUCUCUACCUACCUGUACCCCCUAGGCUCUUUCUCUACCUACCUGUACCCCCUAGGCUCUUUCUCUACCUACCUGUACCCCCUAGGCUUUUUCUCUACCUACCUGUACCCCCUAGGCUCUUUCUCUACCUACCUGUACCCCCUAGGCUCUUUCUCUACUUACCUGUACCGCCUAGGCUCUUUCUCUACCUACCUGUACCGCCUAGGCUCUUUCUCUACCUACCUGUACCGCCUAGGCUCUUUCUCUACCUACCUGUACCGCCUAGGCUCUUUCUCUACCUACCUGUACCGCCUAGGCUCUUUCUCUACCUACCUGUACCGCCUAGGCUCUUUCUCUACCUACCUGUACCGCCUAGGCUCUUUCUCUACCUACCUGUACCGCCUAGGCUCUUUCUCUACCUACCUGUACCGCCUAGGCUCUUUCUCUACCUACCUGUACCCCCUAGGCUCUUUCUCUACCUACCUGUACCCCCUAGGCUCUUUCUCUACCUACCUGUAUCCCCUAGGCUCUUUCUCUACCUACCUGUACCCCCUAGGCUCUUUCUCUACCUACCUGAACCCCCUAGGCUCUUUCUCUACCUACUUGUACCCCCUAGGCUCUUUCUCUACCUACCUGUACCCCCUAGGCUCUUUCUCUACCUACCUGUACCCCCUAGGCUCAGCACUUAGCCAAUAAUGGCCUUUGUUUGUUAUUCUUGUUGUCCGAAGUUGAAAGCCAGCGGAAAUAGAGAGCAAUGGUAUUAUGGGUCAGCUAUACACUGAGUCAAGAUCUGAUUUCAACCACUCAAUCCAUCUUCUUUCCCCAGGUCUGACUCCACAGUCCCCUGGUUCCUCUCACCAGCAUCUUCUGAGCUCACCCACCCUGCAGCCAUCUUCCUCUACAUCUUACUUCAGCCCCUGAUCCAUUUCUCUGCAACCUCCAGACCAGUAAAGUAGUGGUAGAAAAAUAAGUGGGUAAACGCUGAUCACCGUUCGCUGUGAAUAAAGUAACGCUCCCUAUAUUUCAUGCGUUUAUCCAUGAUAGGUGGGUAAAUGCUUGUGCAAAAUAAAUUAAAUGGCAUUUACCCUCCACUACACCACUGGUCUAGAAAACCUCCACACAGGCGUCUCCAGGGAACUCAUGUUACAGGACCAGUUGCUUCGGCACUGACAUUCAGCCGGUUCUAAAAAAAGAACCAGGAAAAGUAGAGACUACAGAAUCAUGUUCUCUUCCAUUUAAAGGACCAAUUGUUGUUAUCAUGUGAAAAAAAACAGUUGAUCUAACCGUCCUCUGCAGGUCUCUUUGUGUAGGGCACCUUCAAGUUGGCCCCUGUACCACUGUGUAGUUAGUACUAUAGAUGAUUAGGUGGACAAUGUAGAUGGACUACGCUUGGCAUUUCAAUAAAAAAAACCUAAUUUCUUUCAUUUUACUAUCAUUGAUCAU